AUGUAUAUGACAGGUACAACUCAAUGGGACGGGGCUAAAGUGGUGGACGGAAAAUGUUUUCUGCUGGUACAAACAGUAGUCAAAUGGGACCAAGCUAAGCAAGCAUGUGAAGAUAUGGGAGGAACUCUGGCAACCGUGUCUUCAGCAACUCUCAUGUCUGACAUACGCUCCGCCUUUAACUAUUACGUGAAGAGUUACUGGAUUGGUCUAAACGACAUAGCAAAUGAAGGAACAUAUGUGUGGAUUGAGGACGGGAGCACAGCCAGUGGAAUCAGUAGCCUGUGGGGUGAAGACAGACCAGUAACUGACCCGGACAACGGAUUUGACUGCAUCUACGUCGACGGAUCUAAUACGUUCCUUGACGUACAAUGUGCUAUUGUUGCUACCAACUAUCUGUGCAUGGAGCCCAAUUCGGCUACAACCAAAUGCCCCGAUCUAACAAUAACAACUGAGGCUGCUACAACGACAAAGGCUGUCACCACGGAGAGUUCUGAAACGACGCCACCAGUUGCUACAACGUUGACUUCUGCAACCACUUCAACUACAAAAAAGCACUGCAAGAAAGGCUAAGAACACACGAUUUCUUGAAUAACAGGCUGUUCAACAAGUUCUAGACAGCAAUGAUUCCUACAUCAUUUCAAAACUAAAUAUUCUAAUUCUGAUUCAAAAUAAGUCGGUAAUUUUUGUCUGUCAAAUAUUUUAGAUAUGGAAUUUUAUUUAAAAUAAUUAAUUGUUA